GUGCAGCAGUGGUGGAUUCCCAAGGUGAAGGUUCGCGCGGCAUCCUCCAGCAGCAGGUGCGAUUGGUGCAUUCCCUGCGCCAUGCUAGACACCAACUGCUCGUGAAGGACGACGUGACUGCCACUCUCUUCCUCUUCACCACACGCUCGUCCGUCCGCGAUUGCUUUUGGAUACGCCUUCUCGAUUCACGCGAGCACAUCACCGACGACGAGGCAAGAGCCAGGGACUGGGAGAAUCGUGAACCCGACGAACGAGGCAGAUGACACCUUGCCCGGCAUACAGCACACGGAUAGUAGAGCGCGGAGGCUAGCUGCUCUGGAGAAUGUGCUGAAAAAGACGGUCGUUGUGAGACACAGCCGCCGUGCAGCAUCAACCGCUUGCCGGCGAAUUGCUGCAGCAGUUUCAGGCCAGCGCUGGCCGCAUCUGCCCGCCGGGGACGUGAAGCAAGGCGGGAGUGCGCAGGCCUGCAUGUUUUCGUGACCACAAUACCACGGGGAUCACUGACUAGGGCUCUGACACCGUCGACGACCCGUCCGCGUGGAGAAGAGCUCCUUGCGACCAUCGUUAUCACGCCAGCGUAGGACAGAAGGUGGUUUGGGCUGCUGCGAUUCAUGGAAGAUGCGAGCUAUCCGGCACACCAAUCGCAAGGGCAUAGGCACACAUUCUCAUCCGUGAGCCAGCAGCAGGUCUUUGCAGCGCUACAAGGCGCGCAGAGAAGGCCUCCAGCUGCGUCACAAUGAGCGUUGAUGCUAGUCUUUCUCAUAUCAGCCCUUCUUCGGCACGUAUAUCUGGUCGAACUUCGACUUCGAACUACCACCCUGCAGGGGGCUCUAUGCCGUACCUGACCCAGCGAUAUGCUUUGCCGAUACAUCAUAAUCAGAGGGGGGAGACAGAAUAUGAAUUGCGGAGGAAAACACCUUCAGGCACGUUGCACGCCGGCUACGAUGCAUCCGGAGCAGAACCCAUUCAGCCCAACAAGCACCAACUGCUCAGCGAAGGCAACACAACGGGACUUUACAACAGCGAGAAGCGUACGUUUUUGCAACACCAGCAGCAACAACAGAAUGCUGGCCUCAGAUCAUGGCAUGCCUCCCCCGUGCUGCCCUCCUGGCCUCAGCCGAGUCAUGUUCAGCAGCAACCGCAUAGUCCGUUUCCCGUGAUGGACUCAAUGCUCAAUCAGAUGCCCAUCCACCAAGGGAUCCAUCCUUACUACAACCAGACUAUUCCCAGCGUGAUCCAGCCAUCCUUUCAGUAUCUGGGUCCAACCGCACCUGGUCCCCAAGGCUCAGGCUUGUAUGGACCAUACUAUUUCCACGAUGGGAGCUAUGUACCGUAUAUCGCAGCCGCUGUGAAGAACCCACACUUUUACCACCAUCCACAUGCAGCUGGGACUUACAUGGGCUCAACGCCGAACUCACAGCUCCGCUACCAGUCGGAUCUAUGGCAACAGCAGCAGCUGCAGUCGAACCAGGGCCUGUGGUCUGCUUCGACAAGUAUGCGUCCUUAUGCCCCACCACCUUUGCAUUCCACAGCUGCACGCCAUGUGCCCCUCGGAGUCGGCCACACAUCGAGCUAUCCAAUUAAUAACAAUAGGCAUGGUAUGGCUAUGCAAGCCUCCACCCAGAGCCCAUCCGCACCCAUACCACCCUUUGACCUCGAUCGACCGAACACGAACCCGGAUGCCCGUCAGCGCGAAGACAUAUUUCGAUGGGCAUUACAGCAAUAUCGGGAGUUGUUGAGCCACAUUCAUCAAACUAGACGACAGCAACAACAGGUCCGGAAUGCGCAAGGUCAACAGCAACAACCUCCAUCGCGGCCGAGCUUCUUCCCGAAGCCACCAAAACCAUCUGCGUCUGGACCAUCUGCAUUGGCGAAAGAUACAAUUGAAGCCGACCAAGUCCACGCCAGCGAUGAUGAGGACCCUCCCCUGCGCAGUGCACAGCCUGAGAGCACGCCGGAUCCGAAUGAAGACGACAGUAUCACGCCGAGGGCAAGGUCGCCCGUGGAUCAGGCUCCUCCAGGAAGAUCACGACGGGCUAGCGAUGGUCCGCGAUUUCUUUCUCGACACAAUUCGCACGAUUCGUCAUAUAGUCUUCAUUCGCCGUCGCAGCCAGAGGCACUAUCGCGCAGAACUUCACAUACGCUGCGCCGGUCCACUGGAUCCUCGAUCGCCUCGAUCUCGUAUUCUGAGGAUGCCGCGACUCUCCGGGCGAAAGUGGCUCUCCACCAUGUGACAGCAGCAUGCCGAGCGACUCGCUGGCAAUGGACGGAUGGGGUGCAACUUGGUGGCUGUCUGGCGUAUGGACUUGGCAACUAUAAGAAAGCACAAAUUUGGUUCAUGCGAGUCCUGGAAAACGAUUCAAAGCACUUGGAAGCGAGGUCGAACCUUGCUGCAUCGUUGCUAGCAUUGGGUCAGCGAGUUGAAGCCGAACAGCACUGGCAGAAGGUCAUAAGGGUGGCCCCUAACCAUUUUGAAGCAGUGGAGCAUUUGAUUGGAUUAUUGUGUUCGGAACAGCGCAGCAGAGACGCGAUCAAGGUCAUCGAGUAUGUGGAGCGGUCCUUGAAGCUGCCUGGACCUCCGUCUGAGGAAAACCGCAAAUCGGCGGACCGUCAGAGCGAGCGCUCGGCUUCGAUUACCAGCAAAUCACCAACACUUUCAGAGCAGUCUGAUCGAGUAUCCUAUGACUUUGAUCCUGACGAAGACCCGUUUGUGCUAGAUGGACAGGACAAUGAGCCAGGAUUCGGGUCCAGCGGCUUUGCUAUUCCAGGUUGCGACAAUGGCCGAAUUCUGGCGCUCAUCCACGCCAAAGGCAACAUGUUGUACGGACUCGGAAACAAUGCUGGCGCAGCCAAGGCUUUUGAGGAUGCUGUGCUCAUUGCAACAGGCCGCCAAUUUGAUGGCAUCCAAAGUCUGGUGAGGCAUAUUCUCAAGGUUGUGUCCGCCGUCACGUUUCGCGAUCAUUCUCAGUCACCACGCGUAUCGACCACAGAGCCGAUUCUGCUAUCUCCGGAGCAGGCACUCUCGACCGCAAGACUAUGCUUUCCAGGCGCUUCCGAGCUGCCCGGACUACAACAUGUGCUGAGCUCAUCGAACAGCUUAGCCAGAAAGGCAGCCAUCUCGACCACGAGCAAUUCGCUGCUAUCGCUGGCCAAGAUCUUCCAAGACGGCAUGUCUAACGCCAGUCGGUCGGCCGGAGUGGUUCCCCUGAAUCAUGGGGUACGAGAUAUCCUUGCGUUGUAUUACUUGUCACUAUCUUUGCAGCCCAGUCCAUCGACUGCGAACAAUGUUGGCAUCUUACUUGCAAGCGUUCAGCAAUCUGCUACGCCUGCAGCAGUGCUUGGUCCACGCCAACGUACCGACAUCCCAGGAGUUGUGCCGGGCAGUGGUAUCGCUUUGGCCUUGCAAUACUACAAUUACGGCUUGCAAUUGGACAGUCAGCAUGCCCACCUGUACACAAAUUUGGGGAGUCUGCUCAAAGACAUUGGCCAGCUCGAUGCAGCUAUUGGCAUGUACGAGCACGCCGUGACAUGCGACGGAAAGUUCGACAUUGCACUCGCCAAUCUAGCUAAUGCUGUCAAAGACAAAGGUAGAAUCAGCGACGCGAUAGGAUACUACAAGCGAGCUGUCGAGGUCAAUCCUGAAUUCGCAGAGGCGGUGUGCGGCCUCGCUAACGCUCUGAACUCCGUGUGCGGGUGGCAGGCGCGAGGCGGCAUAGCUGAGGAUGGCGGCAAGCGCGACCGUUGGCAUGUCGAUGCAGAGGGCAUGUUACUCGAUGCGCGGCAACAUGGCGCUUCGAGCUCUGGCUGGAUCAAGCGGGUGCUCGAUAUCGUUGAACGGCAGCUGGUCGAAGGGGAGACUUGGGGCACAGGGACGCUGAAUACCACACUCAUCGACUACAUGGUCCGGCAGUUCCCCGACUUUGAACAAUCUGCAGAAGACCGGAGAGACCGUGAAGAGCACAUGCGGAAGACUCUCACAAGCUGGGCCGGGAAGAAGUGGGAGGGAGCCCGAAUCACCCGACUCGUUGAACGUGCCACGCGACGUCUGAUGUGGCAGUUCUAUCACGACCUCUACGUCAAGAAGGUCAGGCGGCCCUCUGCGGCAUACAACCGACCCCAGCUACCUGCGGCCCUGUUCGUUCCUACGGCCCCGACGGUCUUGCCGUUUCACACCUUCACUUGCCCAAUGUCUGCCAAGCAGAUCCGCCUGAUCUCGCAGCGCAACGGCUUGCGUAUCUCCGUUUCGACGAUGCGUGCGCCCUGGCUUCCGAAGCAGGUGUUCCCACCCCCAUCGCCGCCCUCCCCUACACUGCGGGUUGGCUACGUCUCAUCCGACUUCAAUAACCAUCCUCUGGCGCAUCUUAUGCAGUCCGUGUUCGGGAUGCACGACACUGAGCGCGUUCGCGCAUAUUGUUAUGCUACGACUGCCAGUGAUAACUCCGUACAUCGUCGACAAAUCGAGGCCGAGGCCCCAGUCUUCCAUGAUGCCAGUACCUGGGGAGCGGAGAGGCUCGUCAAACAGAUUAUCGAAGACCAGAUUCACAUCCUCGUCAAUCUCAAUGGCUAUACUCGAGGUGCGCGCAACGAGGUCUUUGCAGCCAGGCCUGCGCCUAUUCAGAUGUCUUUCAUGGGCUUUGCGGGCACUAUGGGUGCUGAAUGGUGUGAUUAUCUCCUCGCUGAUGAGACGGCAGUGCCACUCGAUACCUUGCGUCCGUGGAGGAGGAAUGUCGAUAUUGAAGACAAAAUUCAGGAUGAGAAUAGUGCCGGGGAGAACGAAGACUGGGUAUAUGGUGAGAAUAUCAUAUAUUCGCGGGACACGUUCUUCUGCUGCGAUCACAAACAAAGCGCCCCUGACGCCAACGAGAGGCAACUCAGUUGGCCCGAAGAACAACGGCGGCGCUGGCAGAUGCGCAAAGAACUCUUCCCGCAACUGGCAGACGACAUCAUCAUCUUCGGCAACUUCAACCAGCUCUACAAGAUCGAACCGACGACCUUCCGCACCUGGCUACGAAUCCUCGCUCGUGUACCCAACUCCAUCCUCUGGCUCCUCCGCUUCCCAGACCUCGGCGAAUCGCACCUCCUCGCCACAGCAAAACUAUGGGCCGGCAAAGCAGUCGCUUCACGCGUCAUCUUCACCGACGUUGCCCCCAAGCAUCUCCACAUUUCCCGUGCUCGGGUAUGCGACCUCGUCCUCGACACGGCCGAAUGCAAUGCGCAUACCACAGCAGCUGAUGUCCUCUGGAGCGGCACCCCUCUCCUCACUCUUCCCCGCUACCCAUAUAAAAUGUGCAGUCGCAUGGCAGCCAGCAUUCUCAAAGGCGCCCUCCCCAAAAACGAAGAAGGUCGCCGCGCAGAAAAGGAACUCAUCGCGAAGAACGAAGAAGAUUACGAAGAGAAAGCUGUAGCUUUAGGCAAAGGCUUCAAAUAUUUGAUCUCCUCUUCUCAUGGACGAUGCGACGGAAGAGGUGAAGGUCGAAUUAUGGAAUUGAGGAAAUUGUUGUAUGAGGCGAGAUGGACGAGUGCAUUGUUCGAUACGAAGAGAUGGGUCAGUGAUUUGGAAGAUGCUUACGAAGAGGCUUGGAGGAGAUGGGUUGCGGGUGAGGGAGGUGAUAUCUGGCUUGACCAGGUUCCGAGGGGGAAGAAUAGACGGAGAUUUGCGAGACCGCUUGGAGUGAGUGAUGUGAAGAGGGAAAGUCAAGAGGAAGGAGCGCCGCGAUGGCAGGGAAGGGAGUGACCAAUUGAUUUGUUGCAUAAGCGGAGUUCUUGCGGUGUUGUGAGGGAGCGGUCUGUUUGAGUGGGAUUUGUAUGCAAGCAUGCAUGGAGGUGGAUUUUGUGGUUUCCUGUUUGACUUUCUGCGUAUCAUGACAUGAAUUGUGAAGCAAGAUUCCCAACUUCUUGCUAUGUGUUCACCAUUCACAUUGUCAGGAGAAUUGAAGUUCGAGAGGAGGGAAGUGGCAGGAGGAGGACAUGUUCCCUUGCGCCACCAAGCAUAGACAACAACAACAAUAACAGAUACAAGAAUAUGCAUAUCUAUUUUCUCUCUGUUAACGAAGCCAUCGACCAGAGCAAGACA